AUGGUUGGGUCUACCCAGCCGCAACGCAUCAGACGAAGCAAGUUUUCAUUGGUUCUUUUGAUUGGUUUCAAUUGUAAUUCCUUGCUCGUAGAUUCGUUUUCGUCUACUACGCCAUCAUUUUUCGGGCAUCAAGAAUCGGUGGAUCCUUGGAGCAUUCUUUCUACUCCACUCUCCACACGCACCAAGAUUGGGCGGUGGAACGAGCAAAGACGACCUGUGUGGCUUCAGCAUAGUACAGAUAGGCAGUCAGAUGAGAUAGAUGAUACCAGUGCGAGACCACCACCACCUCCCUUGUCUAAGUUCCUUCAAGCUGUCUUUUUGAUUGCCGGGACCACCGUGGGAGGCGGUUUCUUGGCACUUCCAAAAACUGUGGUGAUCCCCUUGGGCGGCUUUUUGCCUUCGGCAGCAGCCCUUGUUCUUGUUUGGGCCUAUCUGCUGGCAUGUAGCCUCAUUCUCUGUGAUGGUAUCCUUUUGGCACAAGCUCGUCAGCAACAGCAACAACAACGAGACAACAAGCCGAGCAUGGCGAAUGGCCCAUCAUCAGUCACUACAACUGCCAUUGGAAUCCCAAAGACGGCUCAAAUAGCGCUAGGUUCCCUGGGAUCACAAUCUGCAACUCUCUUAUUGGUGUCAUUGACCGUGGCGACAUUGGUCUCACAGUUGUCGAGAGCCGGAAGUUUGCUAGCCAGUCAACUCUCGGAAUCCACCAGUCAACCUGCCCUGACAGUGUAUCGCUAUGGAUGCGCACUGGCGACCAUGUUUGGUGCUGCCAUUACCCAUACUCGACGACGAACAGAACAAACACAAAGUGUGGAUCAUCAUGUAACACGGUCCUUCAGAAAAGAAAGAGCGACAUCGUUUGCGGACAAGUGCAAUUCGGUGCUGACAGUCGUAUUUCUCGGUUCGGCGGUGCUGCUCUUUCGAGCCGGUGCCAAAGCGGCCAAUUGGUCCGCCUGUUGGAGUACUUCUGGAGAGAGCAUCGUGCAACUGUUGCCCAAGGCGUUGACGGCAUCGCCCAUUAUGCUGCAGUUGUUGGUAUACGGGGAGAUCCUGCCCAAUGUUUGUGAGAUGCUCGAACAGAAUCGUCCCACUAUUCGGAGGGCCGUUUGGGUGGGAAGCUCCAUUCCCCUCUUGCUUCUGACGGGGUGGGCAGCUCUGGGAGUUGCCUUGAUUGGCAACGAUGCAAUACUCCGGAGCAGCAGGAUGGAUCCUGUCGACAUUUUGAUGACGACGACGGGCGGAUCCAGUGCCGUACCCGUGCGAUUGUUAUUGCUGGCCAUGAGUGCCAUUGGAACCACCAUUCUUGGAAGCUUCUUGGCAUUGCAGUCGGCGUAUGACGACUGGCAAGGCAUGCUUCCUUCUACUCGUAGGCGAUUCUCCGCGUUCAUGGAGAGACCGUGGGUGCGGACACUUGUCAUCUCCUUGCCCCCUCUUGCCGUGAGUUGCAUAUCACCCUCUCUGUUCUUACAAGCCAUUGACUUUGCUGGUAGCUAUCCGGUCAUUUUGCUAUACGGGUUCUUGCCACCACUAAUCGUACGGCGCUUGCAAGAUGACGAAAAAUUCGGGAAAACGAAGAUGAAUAAACUCUAUGCUGCCGUUGGCGUACUAUCUACUUGCUUGGUUGGGAUGAAUUUUCUUUCAGAUGGAAGUGACAUACUAAGAAGACUGCUUUUCCGGCAAACAAGCUAA